UUUGUCUAUGCUUAAUACGUGUAUUAGCAUAGAUACGAGGCCGCAGUGAGGACAGUAUAAUAUGGAUUAAAAGAAGAUAUCUUUUGACUUAACUUUUUCGCAGAUGUUCAGCAGUAUUUGGUGAGUAAAGAAGAGGUUACGUGGUGCCAGUUGACCAGCAGAAUUGGAUCUCCAGUAUGGAAAAGAAGGACCCAGUUGCUCCACCAAUUAAACAAGAACAAGAGGAACCCUGGGCCAGUUUCAAAGAACAGCAUCUUCAAGAUCUGGAUGAAGCUGAUGUCAGCACCUUCCCAUUCACUGUUAUCACUGUGAAGAGUGAAGAUGAGGAAGAGCAGCCUCAGUUCUCCCAGUUUAGUCAAAGCAAUCACUUGGAUCCAGGUGUUCAUUUGCAACAAGAUACCGACAAAACAUCAGAUACUUCAGAACCUGAGACUGAUGACAGUGAUGACUGGACAGAUACCAAGAAGUGUCAGGCAAGUUUCAGUAUCCAGAAAACUGUUGUCUCUAAAAGUAAAAUGAGAUCUAAAUCUGCAAACAAAGAAUUCAGCUCCACUGCACAUCCCACAACAAUUAAGGAAAAGAAUGAGGAAGGGCAUCUUAUUAAUGUGGAUGAAGCUGAUAUUACCCACUUCCCAAUCACUGUUGUCUCUGUGAAAAAUGAAAACGAGCUGAUCUCAAACACAGAUGAAGACUUGAAAACACACUCUGUUGGAGAGGACUGUGGAGGAUCAGGAGAUGUCAACAGCUUUGAUCCAGAUUGUCCUUUUCAACCAGAUGCAUAUGAGUCUUCAGAGUCUUCGGAACCUGACACAGACAACAGUGAUGACUGGAUGGAGACCCGGGAGUCUUCUCAGAAGACUGAUGAUAACGCUUCAAGUAAUGUGAAAUGUCAUGCUGCUGACAAACCAUUUAGCUGUUCUCUAUGUAGCAAAAUGUUUAGGCACAAGAGUAAACUAAACAGACACAUGAGAAAUCACACGGGAAAGAAACCAUUUAGCUGUACUGAGUGUGCUAAAAGGUUUAGUGGUAAGGGGAUUCUGAAGGCGCAUAUGAAAAUUCACACAGGAGAAAAACCAUUCAGUUGCUCUGAAUGUGGACAGAAAUUUCGGAAAAGCAGCCACCUGAAGACACACAUGAGAGUUCACACGGGAGAGAAACCAUUCGGUUGUCCCGAUUGCAAUCAGAGAUUUAGUCAAAAGGGCAGUCUGCAAACACACAUGAGAAUUCACACAGGUGAGAGACCUUUCAGCUGUAUGGAGUGUGAUAAAAGUUUCAGCGACAAGGGGAACCUUACUGUGCAUAUGAGAAUUCAUACAGGAGAGAAACCAUUCAAAUGUGCCGAUUGUGGACAGAGAUUUCGAAAAAGCAGCCAUCUUAAAACCCACAUAAGAAUUCACACGGGGGAGAAACCGUUUAGCUGUUCUGAGUGCAGCCAAAGCUUUAGCAAAAAGAUGACUCUUGUGGCCCAUAUGAGAAUUCACACAGCAGAGAAACUAGCCCUUGCUGCAUGCUCAAGAAUUCACAUGUGAGGAACUCUGCAUCUGCUCUGGCUGUGGUUAAAUGUUUGGUUGCAGUCAUGACACUCGAGACAAGAAACAAUAAUCAUUUAUUAAUUCAUCCAUGUAACAUGUUCAGGAGAAGAAAAAACAGGCCAGAGUGUGAAGCAAGUAGAUUAAGUGAACAGAGGAAAAUAGCAGCGAUGGGGAGGGGAUUCACACAAAAGCUCAACUCACCCAGACGACUUUCUGUAGUAGUCAGAAAUGAGUUGAUUAGCUUUGAAUCUCUGGUUUUACUUAUCAAUAUCACUGUUUUUUCUUUUAUUUGAUAAUGGCUUUAAAUGUACAAGUAAUUUGAUUUUUUUCCCCAUUUUCAGAAAAUUGUAUGUACUACUGUAUAUGACUCAUAGAAGCUCUUGCCUACCUAAAUGUAUGUAAGCAUUUGAUUUAUUUGCUGGAGCAUAAUAAGUGCUUGUAAUGGCAUUUUAAAGUGUUUUUUUAUUAGUAUAUAUGCUGAUCCUUGUCUUAUAAAAUUGAUUAGCUGAGUUAUCCGUUCUAGGCACUGGUAAUAGAGAUGAAGUUUAAGCCGUGUCAUUGUAUAUUUCAUGUCACUUUAGUUAAGGUGUAGUAAGUUGUAUUGCAUUGUGUGUAUAUUGUCAUUAAUUUUCAUAGAGCAAUUUGUGACAUUCAUGAGACUCAAGUGAAUGAUGAUAAAAGGUGAUACACACCAGGUACAUUUUAAUUUAAAAAAAUGUGAGCUUUAAUGAGCACACGGCACACUGGCCCAUUCAGAUUGUAAUUAAAGUGCACCCUAGCCAGCCGCUACUACAUAGUAAGUUAAGUGUGAUGCUUGCUACCUGACCAGAGUACCACGUGAACAGCAAAAAUGAGGGCUCCAGUGAGGGGGUUGUGAUCUAAUAUAUAAGGCUGAGCACGUAUGUGUGUGUUCACGCACGUACGCAUUCAAGCUAAGGGCCCCACUGACCAUAGCAAGUUUGGUGUGGCUUGCUUAAUUACUGUGGCUGUGCAUAGCAAACACACACACAGUCAGCUUUAUAUAUUAGAUUAGUAUAGGCCAGAAAUGACAAACUACUUUGGCUGUGGUUAAAUGUUUGACCAGUGUUUUGUGAGGUGACUUUAUUGACAAAAACCACACUGCACAGUUGUUUUGCUUCUUAAUCAAUGUUUGAUUAGCUAUGCAAACUGUAUUGUCAUUCAGGGGCAAUAUUAAUUUGCCACUGCUAAUUUUAAUGAUACAGAGCUGAAAACUGGCAAGCUGCAUGGAGGACAAUGUCAGUCGUUACUGUACUCCUACGAGAUUUGAUAUUCGUGCUUCACAUUCCUCAUAUGAGAAAACAUUUUACUGGACGUUCUUAAUUUUUUUUUUUUUUGCCAGUUUGGGCAUGUUACUGUGCAACAGGGCAGCUUUCCAACAAAAUGUGCACAUAGAUGAAUUUUGUUUGGCUGCUUGUUGCUUCUCAAAGCUAUGCGAAAACCACAGUUAACAUAUUAAAGCUUACCUGUGCCGUC